AUGCAAUUCACCGUUCUCGCUGCUGCUCUUGCUGUCUUCACUGGUGUCCUCGCCAGUCCCGCUGUUGAAAAAGCCGAAGCUCCGGCCACUGACAAGGCUGCCAAAACCACCGAUGCCCCCGAAAAUUGGCCCAUGCACCGUGGAUCCGGUUCAUUUAACUCAAACACCGGAUUUAACAGCGGCAACAACUGGUACAGCGGCCAAUACGGCAACGGUCAGUUUGGAAAUGGACAGUACGGCAACGGACAGUACGGCAACGGACAGUUCGGCAACGGACAGUUCGGUAACGGACAGUUCGGCAACUCACAGUACGGCAACGGGCAGUUCGGCAACGGGCAGUUCGGUAACGGACAGUUCGGUAACGGACAGUUCGGCAGCGGUCAAUACGGCAGCGGCCAAUACGGUAACGGCCAAUACGGCAACGGCCAAUUUGGUAACGGUCAGUACGGCUAUGGCCAAUUCAGUAACGGCCAACCCGGCUAUGGUCAAUACGGCUAUGGCCAAUCCGGCAACGGUCAAUCCGGCAACAGCGGAUGGGGCGGAUACGGUGGAUUCAGCUCCUACCAGCAACCUCAAGGAUCCAACAACUACUACGGCAGCUAUCAGUUCGGCAGCUCGUGAGUGUUGUGAACCCCCGCACGCCCUGACCUGUAUUCCGCUCCGGUGAAUUGCAAUUUUUAUUUUCAAACAUUUUUAUUUCUUAAGCCUUCUUAUUAUGUAACCCUAAGUAGCUAGCUACUGCGCAAUCCAAAGUGAUUAUUAUUACCCUCUGUUCGCUUUUGCUGUGUUUGUUGAGUGAGUCGACUA